AUGGGCAAGAGUGGGUCGGGUAAGACCUCCAUGCGGUCUAUCAUCUUCGCCAACUACAUCGCCCGCGACACAACGCGACUAGCGGCCACCAUUGAUGUUGAGCACUCGCACGUCCGGUUCCUCGGCAAUCUGGCCCUCAAUCUUUGGGAUUGCGGCGGUCAGGAGGCAUUCAUGGAAAACUACUUUUCCAACCAAAGGGAUCACAUCUUCCGCAACGUUGAGGUUCUCAUCUACGUGUUCGACGUCGAGAGCAGCUGCGCUGAGAAGGACAUGAAGUACUACCACUCCUGCCUCGACGCCAUCCAACAGAACUCGCCCACUGCCAAGAUCUUUUGUCUUAUGCACAAGAUGGAUCUCGUGCCCGAAGAUCAACGAGAAAAGACAUUCGCACAGAAGGAGAGCGAGCUCAAGCAGGCAUCUCUGCCGAUGAAUAUCACGCUCUUCCCCACGUCGAUCUGGGACGAGACCCUCUACAAGGCCUGGUCCUCGAUUGUGUACGCGCUCAUCCCCAACAUCGACACCAUCGAGAGGCGACUCCAGAAGUUCUGCUCCAUCUGCGAGGCUGAUGAAGUGGUGCUGUUCGAGCGCGCGACCUUCCUCGUCAUCUCGCACGCCUCCUCGCGAAAGCACAAGGACGUCCACCGAUUCGAAAAGAUCAGUAACAUCAUCAAGCAGUUCAAGCUCAGCUGCAGUAAGUUUGGUUCUUACUUCUCUGACAUGGAGGCGCGGAACUCUCACUUUGCCGCCUUCAUCGACCUCUUCACGGAGAACACCUACAUGAUGGUCAUCAUGUCCGAUCCCACCAUUCAAUCAACAGCAACCCUCCUCAACAUCAAGAACGCGAGCAAGCACUUCGAGAAGUACCUGCAGCACAACGAUGGCACGCCAACCAGGAGCUUCUGA